AUGAUCUUCGAUAUUCGACUUUCUGUUGUGUUGAUUUCGUUUCUCAUCAUUUAUGUAUAUGGUAACUGCAAACUGGAAGGAUGUCCCGGUGAUCUAUGCUGCUCUGAAUACGGCUUUUGUGGAGACACCCCGGAACAUUGUAAAAAUGACUUGACUCGACCAAGCAAGAAUAUUACAAUCAGAAAUGGCGAUUGUCGCAUUUGUGGGUGUGAACCGGGUCUUUGCUGUUCGCCAUACGGCUAG